AUGAUGGUUCUUUGCACUUUCCUGGACAUUUCCGAGCGGAGGAAGCAAGAGGAUCUCAUGCUGCAGAGGUUGAAGGAUUCCGUUGUGCCUGUCAUGGCCUCUCACCAGGACAUGGCUGCAAACAAUGACUUGCACCAUCAUAGCUCACAGCAUGAGUCACCACCCGUCGUCACCCCCGUCAGAGUCGCCCGCCCUGCUUCAAUCGAGGGAGAGGAACAGCAGCAGGCAGGCAGCAGCAGGAGCAGCAAGAGUGGCGUUGACAGCAGGGGCGCUGACAGAUGCGGUGGUGGCAGGGAGGCGGAGCACGGUGAGGAGGGUGGCGGGAGGGGAGAGCAGGCGGCAGGAGGUGGAGAGGCGAGUGAAUUUGACGGUGCGAGUAGAGGGUGCAGAGGUGGCGCCGGUGUGGAGAGCGGAGAUGGGAACAUGGCCGCGUUGACUACGUCUGAGGCGCCUCAGACGACUUCAAAUGGACAGUAUGACGAUUUCAAAUCGUCAGAUGACAGUAUGGACGCUUUGCAGCAGAUGGUGGCUCUGCUCAAGGGAGUCAAGCAGUCGCUGCAGUGGAGCCAUGAAAGUGCCAAGUUCCAUGCAAUCUUCGAGAUGUCCAUGGACCCUAUUUUCAUCAACUCAAUGGAACAAAUACUGCAUGACCUCAAUCCCGCUGCCGCCCACAUCCUCGGAUUCCCCUCCACUUCUGCCGCCCUGGCGAGCCUGCCCAAGGGCUACCUCCUCAAACACUCCCCUGUGCUACAGCCGUGUGGGCGGCAAAGUUUGGAGCUAUUCAAGGGGAUUCUGGUGGAGCUGAUGGAGCACGGGGAGUGUGCGCCAUUCGAGUGGGUGCACACCCGAUUGGAUGGCUCAGAGUUUCAUGUGCUGGUGAAAGUUAAGAUGGUAAUGAUCAAUGGCGAGCGCUUGUACAUGUCGGUGUGGCACGACAUAACGGAGAUGAAGCGCAAGGAGGAGGAGCUGAAGGCGGCCAAGGAGGCGGCGGAGGCGGGCAACGAAGCCAAGAACCGGUUCCUGGCGAACAUGAGCCAUGAGCUGCGCACCCCCAUGAAUGGCGUCAUCGGUGUCGCCGAGCUGCUCCUCCGCACGCCCCUCACCCCGCAGCAGCGCUCCUACGUCGACGUCAUCUCCUCCUCGGGCAACGCACUCAUCCAUAUCAUCUCAGACGUGCUUGAUAUUACCAAGAUUGAGACCAACUCGCUGCUGCUGGACUGCUGCCCGUUCAACCUCCGAGAGACUUUGGCUGAGUGUGUGGAGGCGGUCAGGCCGGCUGCAGAGAACAAGAAACUCGCGUUGCAGAGCCGGUUGGGGGAGGGCGUGCCGGAGUGGGUGGAGGGCGACCAGUUGCGGGUGAGGCAGAUUCUGCUCAAUCUGCUCUCCAACGCCAUCAAGUUCACCGACCACGGCCAAGUCCUCCUCUCCAUAGCCCUCUCCCCUAACCCCUUCGACCAUGAAACUGCGGAACCCCUUGACUCGCCCCUUGGGCCUGAGAAGCAGCAGGGCGCCCCUUGUGCUGCGCUCUCUCCCAACCCCUUUGACCAUGAAACCACAGACCCCCUCGACCCUGACACUGAAACCACGGACCCCCUCGACCGGCCCCUUGGGCCUGAGCAGCAGCAGGGUGGGGUUGUGACUGCAGGGAGGAAACGGCGGCACGGCGAUGCUGAGAAGGGAGCGGAAGGUGCCUUUGUGUCUGCUGCGAAGAAGCAGCGGCAUGGUGAGACAGCACAGGUAGAGGCUGGAGCGGCAGAGGCAAAGGCUGCAGCAGAAGCAGAGGCAGGGGUCGGAGCAGAAGCAGUGACAGAAGCAGAUGCAACGGAUUUGGCAGCAGAGGAACCAGUGGUUGGAACAGCAGCAGAGCCGGGGGCUGGUUACGAUACUCACAGGGAGGAGAUAAUUCGGAUUGGGAGAGCACCCAACGAGGGGAAUAGCGGCAGUGAGCGUAGCGGGAGUGGUGAGCGUGGUGAGAGUGGUGAGAGUGGUGAGCGUGGUGAGAGUGGUGAGAGUGGUGAGAGUGGUGAGCGUGGUGAGAGUGGUGAGAGUGGUGAGAGUGGUGAGAGUGGUGAGAGUGGUGAGAGUGGUGAGAGUGGUGAGAGUGGUGAGCGUGGUGAGAGUGGUGAGAGUGGUGAGCGUGGUGAGAGUGGUGAGCGUGGUGAGAGUGGUGAGAGUGCGGAUCCUGAGUUCAUGGCUGUGGCUGCAUCAGCGGCAGCAGAUGCAGCAGCAGACGAUGCAGUGUUCUCGAUCACCUCCCUGCACCCACUCGCCCCUGCACGUUCUCUUCAGAGGGCAGUAUCAGCAUCAGCCCCAGCCGAUGCUGCAGCCGAUGCUGCAGCAGACGAUGCUGUGUUCGCAAUCACCUCUCUGCACCCACUCACUCAUGUGGCGCCUCAAAUGGCAUUGUCAGCGUCAGCCCCUGCAGAGACUCCAGCAGAUGCUUCAGCAGACGCUCCAGCUGAUGCAGCAGAAGAUGCUGCGCUCUUGACGGCUGCUCUGCACCCGGUCGUGACUGCUUUCCCACACUCCCUUUCUUUGGAUGCGUGGAGGCAGGAAGGUGACGGAAACGAGGAGGUCCGAGAGGAUGUGGUUAGAGGCGGGGAGGGCGAGUGUGGGGCGGGUCAUGCCAGGGACGUGGUUGAUGAUGCAGGGGCAGAGGUGGGGGCAGGGGUAGGGGCAGCAAUAGUGCAGGAGAGGUCAGAUGCAAGGGGCACAGCGCCAGUGCCAGUGCUGCAGGGCUACGAUGGGAACAAGCAGGAGCUGCAGCCCUACCAUGCUGGUGAGCUGCCGCUGCUGCAGCAGCAGGAGCAGCAGCAGCAUGGGUCAGAGGAAAAGGGAGGUGGUGUGAAGUUGGUUGGUGGAAGUAUGAAGGGGAGACGGCGUGUGGAAGAUGCGUCUGAGGCGCCUGAAGAGGUAGCAGCUGCAUCUGAGUCAGGUCACGGCGGAGAGGUGUUUCAGACAGGCCAGGGUUGCAAGAGAGUGAGAAUAGAGGGCGCUGUCGAUUCAACAGAGGAAGGUCAGGCGGGGCAAGGUGGUGAGCAGAUGCGGGAAAGCAGGAUAUGGAGGGAGAGACAUGGAGACACAAGGAUGCCUCUUGAAGAGGUUGUAGCAGGUGCAGAUCUCAAGUCCCCAUCGCGCUCUGAUGGUGGCGCAUUUUCCAAAUCGCGCUCUAAUGGUGGCACAUUUUCCAAGCCCCCCUCUACGGGUGGCAUAUUUCCCAAAUCCCCCUCUAAUAAUGGGAAAUUCCCAAAGUCACCCUCUAGGGGUGGUGCAUUUCCCAAGUCUCCAUCUUGCGGCGGGGUGUUUGAGGGGCUGCGGUGCCUGGUGGUGGAGGACAACGCGGUGAAUCGCAUGGUGGUGGUGCAGCUGCUGAGGAACCUGCGAGUCUCGUGUGACGUGGCAGAGAACGGCCACAAGGCCGUGGAGGCCUGCCGCUCCACCAACUACCACGUCAUCUUCAUGGUCAGUCCACCAACUGCCACGUCAUCUUCAUGGUCAGUCCACCAUCUGCCACGUCAUCUUCAUGGUCAGUGCGUGCUCUUAUAUGGUGCCUCUCUUUAUCAUUUAUCCACCAAGUACCGCAUCAUCUUCAUGGUAUGUCCGUGCAUGGUCUCUCUUUUGAUUCCUGAUUGA